GUUUUGUCUUUGGUAUUGACAAUUGCCAAAUCAGCCCGACUGGCCCUUCUGUUAGAAAUUCCUUAUAAAAUCUGUUUUAAUUCCAUUUUCUGAAUGGGUGUCUAACUGGAUUGUAGGGUUUCGCUUAUGUGCAUAGUCUUAGGUCACUGCAUGUCUUCCUGAUCUAAGACAUGGCGACGUAUGAGGAGUUUAUUCAGCAAAACGAAGACCGGGAUGGCAUACGGUUUACAUGGAACGUGUGGCCGUCGAGCAGAAUCGAGGCAACGCGGCUUGUGGUGCCCCUGGCCUGCUUGUACCAGCCACUGAAAGAACGGCCCGAUCUGCCUCCAAUUCAGUAUGAGCCAGUCCUGUGCACCCGGAACACCUGCCGCGCUGUACUGAACCCGAUGUGCCAGGUCGAUUACAGAGCUAAAUUGUGGGUGUGCAAUUUCUGUUUUCAAAGAAAUCCUUUCCCCCCGCAAUAUGCAGCCAUAUCUGAACAGCAUCAACCCGCUGAGCUCAUCCCAAACUUCUCAACCAUCGAGUAUACAAUCACACGGGCUCAGACAAUGCCACCCAUUUACCUGCUGGUGGUUGACACUUGUAUGGACGAGGAGGAAUUGGGAGCUUUGAAAGACUCCCUGCAGACAUCGCUUAGUUUGAUGCCGCAAAAUGCACUAGUUGGUCUUAUUACAUUUGGCCGUAUGGUACAGAUUCAUGAGUUAGGUACAGAAGGCAUAUCCAAGUGCUAUGUUUUCAAAGGAACCAAAGACUUGAGUGGCAAGCAAAUCCAAGAGCAGCUGGCGAUCGGCCGCGUCAACGCGCCCAACACCCAGCAACGUCCCGGCACCCAGGCGCCGACGCCCCCCGCCCACCGCUUCCUCCAACCUGUCAAACAAUGCGACAUGGCCUUGACCGACUUACUCGGCGAACUCGGCAGGGAUCCUUGGCCUCUAGGUGUAGGAAAGAGGCCUUUGAGAAGCAGCGGUGUCGCUUUAUCAUUAGCUGUUGGCUUAUUAGAAGUCACUUAUCCUAACACUGGAGCUAGAAUCAUGAUGUUCCUCGGAGGUCCCUGCUCCCAAGGCCCCGGUCAGGUGGUCAAUGAUGAGCUGAAGCAGCCCAUCCGCUCGCAUCACGACAUUCACAAAGAUAACGCCAAGUACAUGAAGAAGGCUAUCAAGCAUUAUGAAGCGUUGUCUUUCCGAUCGGCGACGAACGGCCACUCGAUCGAUAUUUAUUCGUGUGCGCUGGAUCAGACUGGUCUGAUGGAGAUGAAACAGUGUUGUAAUUCAACAGGAGGACAUAUGGUGAUGGGUGACUCGUUCAACUCUUCACUUUUCAAGCAAACCUUCCAACGUGUGUUCGCAAAAGACCAGAAGAACGACUUCAAAAUGGCAUUCAAUGGCACUUUAGAAGUCAAGUGCAGCCGAGAAUUGAAAAUAAGCGGCGCAAUCGGUUCUUGCGUGUCGCUGAACGUGAAAGGACCCUGCGUGUCUGACCAGGAAGUGGGCAUGGGGAACACGAGCCAGUGGAAGCUGUGCACCUUCACGCCUAGCACCACCAUGGCCAUCUUCUUUGAGGUGGUGAAUCAGCACGCAGCGCCGGUGCCUCAGGGCGGGCGCGGCUGCGUGCAGCUCAUCUCGCAGUACCAACACUCGAGCGGCCAGCGACGCGUACGAGUCACGACUGUGGCACGCAACUGGGGCGACGCCGCGGUGAACCUGCCGCACAUCGCGGCCGGCUUCGACCAGGAGGCGGCGGCCGUGGUGAUGGCGCGGCUCGUGGUGUACCGCGCCGAGCAGGAGGACGGGCCCGACGUGCUGCGCUGGCUCGACCGCAUGCUCAUCCGACUGUGUCAAAAGUUCGGCGAGUACGCAAAGGAUGAUCCGAACAGUUUCAGGCUUUCAGAGAACUUCAGCCUUUACCCGCAGUUCAUGUACCAUCUGCGUCGCUCCCAGUUCCUGCAGGUGUUCAAUAACUCGCCCGAUGAGACCACGUUCUACAGGCACAUGUUGAUGCGCGAGGAUCUGACCCAGUCGCUGAUCAUGAUCCAGCCGAUCCUGUACUCGUACAGCUUUGGCGGCCCGCCCGAGCCCGUGUUGCUGGACACCUCAUCCAUCCAGCCUGACCGCAUCCUGCUCAUGGAUACCUUCUUCCAGAUCCUGAUAUACCACGGCGAGACGAUAGCGCAAUGGCGCGCCCUCCGCUACCAAGACAUGCCGGAGUACGAGAGCUUUGCGCAGCUGCUGCGAGCCCCCGUCGACGACGCGCAGGAGAUCCUGCAGAGCCGCUUCCCCGUGCCGCGGUACAUCGACACCGAGCACGGAGGCUCUCAGGCUCGUUUCCUGCUGUCGAAGGUCAAUCCAUCUCAGACCCACAACAACAUGUACGCGUAUGGAGGGGCGAUGCCGAUGCCGUCAGCGGAUGGCGGAGCCCCCGUGCUGACGGACGACGUGUCGCUGCAGGUGUUCAUGGAGCACCUCAAGAAACUGGCCGUCUCGUCCACCGCCUAGUCGAAGCGCCGGUCCAGAACCUUGUAGAAUAGGGCGAGUCUUUAGGGCAUCCAUUUAUAUGUA